UAUUCAAAUGCAUAAAUUAUUCGUUUUAAAAUAGCUAUUCAUAUACUAUUUUUAUGACAUUCUUACACGUAAUGUAAUUCAAGACAAUGCACAGAAUUCUGAGUCGUAAAAGUGCGUGUUGAGUAGAACUGAAUGUGCACAGAAAUGGAAGUAAAUGGGCAGCAUCGACGACCAGUUGCAGCCGGCGACUGUCCAAUAUUGUGCAUAACCAAAGUAGUUCUCUACGUGUUGAUCUCCAUGUUUGUAUUGUACUUGCCGCUCGGCGAUCCCAGCGUGCGAUGUGCUUCUGACCCUGCCACGCAUCGCCCCGGCACCUUUGCCGACUGGGCUUGCCAACUCUACACCGGCCUACUGAAUACAUGGCAUCGACUCGGAAGCAUCGCGGAAGUGGUGGGGACUGCGGCUCGACAAGCGCUCUACCGGGCCAAGCUACAGUUUUACGAAUUACUGAAUAAAAUCGACAAGAAAGACCUGUGCCGCGUAGUGUGCUGCUUUGAUGCGAAGAAUGCUGGGGUGCAAGUAAGGACGAGGCAGAGAGUCGUGGAUCAGCGACCCGCCGCGCGAGGAAACAUUGCAAGAACAAGUCCCCGGGCCAUCCGAUUCGGAACUAAAUAUAAUAAUAAUAAUAUGUAGUAUCAUCAUACAAUGUUAUUAAAAUCGAGUAAAAUGUCA